CUAAUCACUCAAUCGCUCAAUCUCUCACUCUUGUCUCCGUUCAAUCGUUGAAUCUAUCUUCACACUCGAUACCCAAUCCAUUUCCCACCUUGCUCUCGUUCUUACCACAAACCUCCCACCACCAACCCCCCCCAAACCACAAAUAUGCAACUCCCCACCGCUACAAGGCCCACCACUUUCAAGAAAACCCGCGACCUCUUCCGCCUCGAUGGCAAAGUCUACGUCGUCACCGGAGGCGGCCGCGGCCUCGGAUUAACUAUGGCCGAAGCCCUCGCCGAAGCCGGCGGAACCGUCCACUGCCUCGACUGCCGCCCUGAAGCCGGCCCCGAUUUCCUCGAGGCACAGGCCCGCGCGGCCGCUGACACCGAGUGCGUCGGCUCGCUGCACUACUCGCAGGUCGAUGUGCGCGAUGUUCCCCAGAUGGAGGCCACAUUCGCUACCAUCGCGGCCCAGAACUCCCGCCUGGACGGCCUCAUCGCCGCCGCGGGCAUCCAGCGCGUGCAGCCUGCGAUCGACUACUCGCAGGAGCACAUGCGCGAGAUGAUGGACGUUAACUACGGCGGUGUGAUGUUCGCGGCUGCCGCGGCUGCUCGCCAGAUGAUCGCCCACAAGACCCCUGGAAACAUCAUGCUCGUUGCUAGCAUGUCGGGGAAGAUCGCGAACAAGGGGCUCAUUUCGUCCGUCUACAACUCCAGCAAGGCCGCUGUUAUCCAGCUCGGCAAGAACUUGGCUAUGGAGUGGGCACCACACGGAAUCCGCGUUAACAGCUUGUCCCCGGGUCACAUUGUGACACCGAUGGUGCAGCAGAACUUCGAUGACGAGCCACAUCUCGAGGCCCUGUGGGCGCGCGAGAACAUGAUGGGCCGUCUCAGCUCCCCGGAGGAGUUCAAGGGCGCGGCACUGUUCUUGCUCAGUGAUGCGAGCACCUUCAUGACGGGCAGCGAGCUCGUCAUUGAUGGUGGACACACCGCGUGGUGAGGGAUAAUGAUGGGGUGCGCCUUGGCUCCUACUAGGGGGGUCGUUGGCGGGGGGAAAGUAAUGCGUUUGGAUGAGGCGUCGUGGGGACGGGGCGAUGGCGAUCGCGGGGUGCAUUUGCGGCUGCGGUGGCAGCCUUGGGUUUUAGAUCGUGCUUGUGCUACGUGCAAUGAUAAUGUUUGGCGUUUUCGGAUACCCC